GAACUAAAUUAACUGAAAACUAAAAUUCCCCAAAUCCCAAACAAUUCCUUUUAUUUCUUGACUCGAGAGCAGCAAGAAUCGGGGAAAAUGUCUGAUAUUGAAGUGGACGAAGCGCCGGUGGCCCCAGUACAAUCUGGGGGGCCAAUGGAUGUCAAUCAGGCUCUACAAGAAGUUCUUAAAAUUGCCUUAAUUCACGACGGAGUAGUCCACGGCCUGCACGAGGCAACUAAAGCUUUAGAUAAAAGGCAAGCAGUUUUAUGUGUUCUCGCAGAAAAUUGUGACGAGCAAAUGUAUAAAAAAUUAGUGUCUGCUCUAUGCUCCGAACAUCAAAUUCCUCUCAUCAAAGUAGAUAAUAACAAAAAGUUGGGAGAGUGGUCAGGAUUAUGUAAAAUAGAUAACACGGGGAAAGCUCGUAAAGUUGUAGGAAGUUCUUGUGUGGUAAUUCGGGAUUAUGGAGAAGAGUCACCAGCUUUAGAUGUCCUUAAAGAUUAUCUUAAGAAUGCAAAGUGAGUUUGUUACAUAAAUAUAAGAAAUUAAAA